AUGGCUGUCUUCUCGGUGGUAGACCUGCUGUCCGUUCUCGCGGCAGCCAAUGUCGUAUAUCUUUUUGGCCUCGCGAUCUAUCGACUUUACUUGCACCCUCUAGCCAAGUACCCCGGACCUCUACUGUGGAGGCUGACACAAUGGCCUGAAGCCAGGUCGGCCUGGUCGGGAAGAAGACACAUCGACCUGCAGCUGCUGCACGAGCAAUAUGGCGACGUCGUCCGGUUUGGGCCCGACAAACUCUCGUUCCGCACCGCCCAGGCGCUCUACGACAUCUACACGGACCGCAAAGCCAACAUGAUCAAGACCGGCUGGACGCACACGGGCGAGAGGAUCAACCCGGGCAUCACGACGCACGUGCUCUCGGACCGCCAGCUCCACGCCGCCCGGCGGAAGCUGCUCAACAACGCCUUCUCGGAGCGGGCCAUGAACAGCCUGGACAAGUACAUGCUCGAACGCAUCCGGGACUGGUGCGCCUACCUCGGUCAGGGCGGUGACGACGACGACAAACCCGCCGAGAAGCCUGCCGGAACAUGGGGCAAGGAACUCGACAUGGGACAGUGGUCGACGCUGCUGACCAUUGACGUGCUGGGUGAACUGUGCUUCGGCGCGAGCUUCAACGCCAUGAAGACAGGGGCGUGCUACAUCAUGGAUCUUCUCCUCUCGAGCGCUCGGUUCCAGCAACAGGUCUCCUUCAUCCCCAUCCGCGAACUGCUCUAUCCCUUGAUGAAACCGGCGCCACUGUCGCGGAUCGGACGGCUGAUCGGCUCCCAGAACCUCCUCAACAAGGUGCGCUUCCGGCAGGACGUGAGCGUGUACGUGGAGAGGCGGUUCGCGGUGGAAAAGGCGGACGCGGACAAGGCCGAGGAGGACCAGCGGCGGGACUUUUUCUACUACCUGCUGCACGCCAAGGACCCCUCGACGGGGGACCGGUUCCUGCCCAAGGACCUGGUCGGGGAGGCGGCGCUGCUGAUCGGGGCGGGCAGCGACACGAGCUCGACGGCCAUGUCGGCGCUGUUCUUCUACCUGCUGCGCAACGAGCGCGCCCUUACCAAGCUGCAGGCCGAGGUGCGCGGGGCGUUCGGCGACGACGUCGAAGAGAUCCGCUACUCGGCCAAACUGACGGGUCUGCCGUACCUGCGCGCGUGCGUCGACGAGGCCAUGCGCAUGUCGCCCCCCGUUCCGGGCCUGCUGGACCGACUCGUCCUGGCGGGCGGCGCGCGCAUCGACGGGCACGACAUCCCCGCGGGCACGACGGUCGGGGUGCCCAUCUACGCGAUCCACCACAACGAGCGGUACUUCCCCAGAUCGUACAGCUUCAUCCCCGAGCGAUGGAUCCCCCCCUCUGCCGCCGGCGCCGACCACUCGCACGACGAGGACACGGGCUUCACCGUGACGCCCACGUCCGUCGAAGUCGCCAAGAGCGCAUUCCACGCCUUCUCCUCGGGCCCCCGCGGCUGCGUCGGCAAGAACAUGGCCUACAUGGAACUGCUCACCGCGGUCGCCCGCGUUAUGUUCCUGUACGACGUGCGCCUCAAGCCCGGCGACCACACCGGCGAAGGCGGAGGCCGCGACGCCGCCGCGGCUGAGAAGGGCAGGGAGAGGCCUGGGGAGUACCAGUUGAAGGACUGGCUGAUUUCCGAUCGCGCGGGGCCCGUCGUGCAGUUCAAGCCCCGGGCGGGAUGA